UCGGAUGCAUCCAUCAAAAAAACGGAUUCGUAUUGCACUAAAUCAUUUGAAGCAACAAGGACUGUUGGACAAAGAGACAGAAACGUUUCCACCUCUGACUCCCUUCCAGCUACCGAAAUUGUGUGGAAAUACGAUCGCUGAACAUUUUUGGAAUAUCGGUGAAAAACAGGCGCGUCCUUGUAGGGAGUUAGCAAAAGCUUUCGUUAAUUCAGAACUUCCUGAUAUUCCCUCUGAGAAAAUAUGGAAAUUUAAAUCAGGAUGGACACGUUAUGAAAAAGACAAGCAGCCCGAACCGAUAGAUUUUCCUAAAGACGAUGUUUUAUGUUUUGACGUAGAAACUUUACUUGAUGACAGUGAUUACGCGUUAAUAGCGUGUGCUGCUUCACCAAAAGCAUGGUAUGCUUGGAUUUCACCACGGCUUACUAAAUAUGGAGACGCAAUUCAUAAUUCGUUAACGUAUCACACAGAUAAAUGGAGCGGCGAUGAUGAAAAAGAUAAAUUAAAACGCGGAGAGCAAGGUGGAAAGCACAAACCCAUUGUUAAAAAACGUGACGUUGGUUAUCUGAUUCCUAUGGGGAAUAUAGGCAGAGAUCGGGUCGUAAUUGGACAUAAUGUUGGUUUCGAUCGUGCACGAAUAAAAGAAGAAUAUCAUCGUGAUAGAUCUUGCAAUAAUUAUAUAGAUACCAUGUCUUUACAUAUAGCUGUAAGUGGACUCUGCACUCAACAGCGUCCCACCUGGAUCAAGUAUAAUAAAGCCACUGAAGAAAACAAUGAAGAUUAUUUGGAAAGAUCCAAAGAUUUUCAAGCUAUCUAUGAUGUUAGUUCAAUAAACAACCUUCGAAAUGUCUAUAAAUUUCAUUGUCAAGGUGAAUUAGACAAAAGUUCGAGAAACUAUUUCAUUAAUGGUUCUUUAGAUGAAAUUGUGAAACCAGAAAUUUUUCAGAAAUUGGUAUCUUAUUGUGCUGAUGAUGUAUUCGCAACGCAUAAAGUGUUCAAAAAAGUAUUUCCUCGAUUUUUGGAGGUUUGCCCGCAUCCCGUAUCAUUUGCCGGGAUAAUUAAUAUGGGCAAUAUGUUCCUGACGACAUCAAAAGAUUGGGAUCACUAUAUUGAGAAAGCGGAAUCAGUAUAUCAAGAACAUAGUAAAUCCAUUGAAAAAAGCUUGCAAGAUCUCGCACUGGCAGCGGUAAAAUCAUGGAAAGAUGAUCCACGGUCGAUAGCCGAUAAUCCAUGGUUAAAACAAUUAGAUUGGUCAACACCAUCACCACGUGCUAAAAAACUUAAAGGAUACCCACAAUGGUAUCGAAAUAUUUACAAUUCUAGAACAGAAAGUUUAAAAAUUACACCAAGAAUCAGGAUUUCACCUCUUCUAUUAAGAUUAAAAUGGCAAGGUUAUCCAUUGUAUUAUUCGAAGAAGUAUGGAUGGAUGUAUCGAGUGCCUAAAGAUGAUGAGUACCGGACAAGUGCAAAACCAUGCAGAUUUGAUAAGCCUUUACCUCCUACAGGUGAAUUACAAUGUAAUGUUAAAGACGAGUUAAAUCAAAUGGAUGUUAGUAGGAAAGCAUCUGUAACUGAAGACCAUGAAGAGCAUUAUGCUAAUGAUAUGGAUGGAAUAUAUUACCGAAUUCCACAUAAGGAUGGUGAAGACUCUCGCUGUGCAACUCCAUUAUCGAAGCAAUAUAUAACCGCUUUCGAAAAGGGAAUUCUGACUUCUGAAUAUAAAGAAGCUAAAGCAGCGUUAAAAAUGAAUGCAACAUGUUCAUAUUGGAUUAGUUCUCGAGAACGAAUAAAAGGUCAGAUGGUUGUGUAUGAUGAUCAUCCUGAAAUUCAAGAUAUGGGAUUUCGAUCAGAGAGUGAGAAGGGCAUUGGAAUGAUAUUGCCACAGACUUUAACGAUGGGGACGAUCACUCGUCGUGCUGUAGAAAAAACUUGGAUGACAGCAAGCAAUGCGAAGGAGAGUCGUAUCGGUUCCGAACUUAAAACGAAAAUUCAAGCUCCAAAAGGGUAUAAGAUUAUUGGGGCAGACGUCGAUUCCGAAGAAUUAUGGAUAGCCAGCUUGAUCGGAGAUUCACAAUUUGGUUUCCACGGCGCAACCGCUUUGGGAUGGAUGACUCUUCAAGGAACCAAAACUGCCGGAACGGAUUUACAUUCGAGAACAGCAAAGAUUCUAAAAAUUUCGCGAUCGGAUGCAAAAGUAUUUAAUUAUGGUAGGAUAUACGGUGCAGGGCUUAAAUUUGCUGCACAAUUACUUAGACAAUUUAAUGAGAACAUUGAAGAAAGGGAGGCUGUUGAACGGGUAACAGAAUUAUAUAGCCAGACUAAAGGCAAAAAAUUAUUCACUAAAAACAUUAUUCCUAAUGAUUUUCCUAGAAAGACAUUUUGGUACGGUGGUAGUGAAAGUUAUAUGUUUAAUAGGCUCGAAGAGAUUGCAACUGCCGAGACACCUCGAACACCAAUUCUUAAAUGUGGCAUAACUGACGCCUUAAAAAGAAAGGUAGUCGACGAAAACUAUAUGACAUCACGUGUUAAUUGGGUUAUACAAUCAUCAGGGGUUGAUUACCUUCAUUUGCUUCUGGUCUCUAUGCAGUAUUUAUUGAAAAAAUAUAAGAUAGACGCGCGUUUUAUGUUAUCAGUUCAUGAUGAGGUAAGGUUCCUUGUAAAAGAAAGUGACACGUAUCGAGCUGCACUGGCACUUCAGAUCAGCAAUUUGUGGACAAGAACGAUGUUUAGUUACAUGUUGGGAAUCAAGGAUUUACCAUUGUCUGUUAGUUUCUUUUCGGCCGUUGAUAUUGAUCACGUACUUCGAAAAGAAGUUGAAAUGAAUUGUAAGACACUUUCAAACAAUACCGAGAUAGAAAAAGGUAGGAGCUUAACGAUUCAUGAACUUCUUAAAUAUCAACGAUCAUUACAGUUCGACAAAACCAAUCAAGAUAAUUACAACGAUGAUGAUAUACGAGAGUCAAAUUUGUCGAACGACUUAUUGAUUCCAUAUUCAAUACUGGAUGAUGAUUUCUUUUUAAGUAUCCAAUGUUUAUCGGAUGAGAAAAAAAUUAAAUCUAUGAUUUUUGAACAUUACAAAGCAAGCUUGGAAAAAAAUGAUAUUUCAAGUUUAGCACCGAUAAAACAGAAUCUUACAAGCAAAAAAUUACUAAAACCGCUUAAAAAAAUUAAAUUAGCUAAAUAUCAAAUUAUUUGA